CGCUGCGCCGGCCUUGUCGCAACAGGACACAAGUGGACCUUAAGCCAGUUCUGUGCUUCCAGUUGUCCACGAUGAACGGCCAGGCCCCUCCUCGUGACGCCGUGAUUGCCAAUGGCACUGAGCAGUCAAUUGUUCCUAAAAUCAGGAAGCACCAGUUGGGAGCCAGCACUCUUUCCAGGCCCCAAGCAGAGGCUGCCCCGCCUACCAUUGCCAGAAGUAUUGCUGGAGUGUAUGUGGAGGCCUCAGGGCAGACCCAGAGUUUCUUUGCUGCUAUGAAGCAAGGCCUACUGCCCACCGGGCUCGGGUUGGCUUUGCUUGAGGCCCAGGCAGCCACUGGGGGCCUUGUGGACCUUGACCAGGGCGAGCUGCUUCCUGUGUCUGAAGCCCUAAGGCGGGGUCUGGUGGGACUGGAGCUAAAGGAGAAAUUGUUGGCCGCUGAGCGUGCAGUUACUGGCUAUCCUGACCCCUAUGGGGAUGGAAAGCUAGCCCUUUUCCAGGCUAUCAGGAAGGAAGUUGUUGACAGGACCCUGGGGCAGAGAUGGCUAGAGGUCCAACUAGCUACUGGGGGGCUGGUGGAUCCAACUCAGGGUGUGCGAGUGGCUCCAGAGCUAGCCUGCCAGCAGGGCCUUCUGGAUAAGAAGACGUGGCUCAGCCUGGUGGAGUCCGAGCCCAGCAUGGGUGUUCCAGGUUUUGUUGACCCCAACACGCUGGAGCAGCUGCCGUACGGCACGCUGUUGGGUAGGUGUGUGCAAGACCCCAGCUCAGGGCUGCCUCUAUUGCCCUUGAAGAUCACCUUCCACACCCUGGGUGGAGCAGCCAGUGCAAGUAUGCUGCUAGAGGCUGGAGUCCUGGAUGAGGAGACAGUCCGAGGCCUGCAGGAGGGCACGCUGGUGGUGUCGGAUGUGGGUGCACAUCCCGAGGUGCAACGCUAUCUGGAGGGUGUUGGAGGGUUGGCAGGGGUUGUCUUGUUGCCCAGGGGUCACAAGAAGAGCUUUUACCAGGCUACAGUAGAACACUUGCUUUCAAAGGGCAUUGCACUACAACUCUUAGAGGCCCAGGCUGCCACCCGCACCCUCGUGCACCCAGUCACAGGCCAGCGUCUCUGGGUGGAAGAGGCAGUCAAGGCAGGGCUGGUUGGCCCAGAACUUCAUGAGCAGCUCCUGGUUGCAGAACAGGCAGUGACUGGGUAUUAUGACCCCUUCAGCAGCUCCCGCGUCCCCCUUUUUCAGGCUAUGAAGAAGGAGCUUGUGGACCAGCCGCUGGCUCUGCGCCUCCUGGAUGCCCAGCUGGCCACAGGUGGCCUCAUAUGCCCAGCCCGUAAAUUCCGGCUGCCCUUGGAGGCUGCCCUGCGCUUUGGCUGCCUGGACGAAGAGACUCAGCAACAUCUCUCUCAGACAACGGGCUUUUUAGAUCCCACCACACAUGACAGUCUUCGCUAUGAACAGCUGCUGGCUAGCUCUGUCACUGACCCAGAGACAGGGCUUGCUUUCCUGCCUCUCCCUGGGAUAUCCCAUGCAAAUGAACCCCAGGGACCCACAUUUAUUGAUCACUGUACUCGGCAGGUCUUGAGCAAGGCCACAACCUCCAUCUCUGUAGGGAAGUACCGGGGCCGGCCUGUAUCCCUCUGGGAACUGCUCUUUUCUGAAGCAGUGCCCGUAAAGCAGAGGGCAGUGCUUGCCCAGCAGCACCAGAAAGGAGCCCUGUCGGUAGAGGAGCUGGCAGCUGAGCUGAAGACCAUUGUAGAGCAGGCUGCAACCACUGCCAAAGUCACUUUUGCUGGGUUGAGGGACACUGUGACACCAGGAGAAUUGUUGAAGGCCGAGAUAAUUAACCAGGACCUGUUUGAGCAGCUGGAACGUGGGCAGACCUCAGCCCAAGAUGUGGGCAGCCUGGAUUCGGUGCAGAGGUAUCUGCAGGGCACGGGUUGCAUUGCAGGCCUACUGCUGCCUGACUCCCAGGAACGCCUCAGCAUCUAUGAGGCCCGCAGCAAGGGGCUCCUCAGGCCCGGUACUGCCCUGAUCUUGCUUGAGGCCCAGGCUGCCACAGGCUUUAUCAUUGACCCAAAAGAGAACAAGAGAUACUCUGUGGAGGAAGCACUGAGGGCUGGUGUCAUUGGGCCUGAUGUGUAUGAAAAACUGCUUUCUGCAGAACGUGCUGUCACUGGCUACACGGACCCUUACUCUGGGGAGCAGAUCUCACUCUUCCAGGCCAUGCAGAGGGACCUCAUUGUCAGGGACCAUGGCAUCCGCCUGCUAGAGGCCCAGAUUGCCACGGGUGGUGUCAUUGACCCUGUACACAGCCACCGUGUGCCCGUGGACGUGGCCUACCAACGUGGCUACUUUGACCAGAUGUUGAACUCCAUCCUGUUGGACCCAUCUGAUGACACCAAGGGUUUCUUUGACCCCAACACACAUGAAAAUCUUACCUACCUGCAGCUUCUGGAGCGCUGUAUGCAUGACCCUGAGACAGACCUGCACCUCCUGCCUCUUAGUGGUACACGACCCCAGCUGGUAGAUAGCUCCACUCGGCAGGCCUUCCAGAAUCUACUGCUCUCCGUGAAAUAUGGACGGUUCCAAGGGCAGAGAGUUUCUGCGUGGGAGCUGAUUAACUCAGAAUACUUCAAAGAGGACUGGAGGAGGCAGCUACUGCAGCGUUACCGGCAGCGCAAGGUCACACUGGAGCAGGUCACUCAGCUGCUGGAGAAAGAGAUGAGGAGGUGGGCAGACAUCACAUUGCCCGCACUACAGGGCUGUGUCACUGCCUACCAGCUCCUAGAGGCCCGCAUCAUCAACCAGGAGCUCCUGGACCAGGUGCUGAUGGGGACCAUCAGCCCAGAUGCCCUCCUUCACCUGGAUGAUGUUCACAGGUACCUUCAGGGCUCAGGCACUGUAGGCGGUGUGCUGUUACAGCCCUCCAAACAGCAAAUCAGUCUCUACCAGGCCAUGAAGCAGAAGCUGCUGGCACCUAGUGUGGCCCUGGCUUUGUUGGAGGCCCAGGCAGCCACUGGAGCCAUCACAGACCCCUGUAGUUUGGAGACCCUGUCAGUAGAUGAAGCUGUGUGCAGGGGACUGGUGGGGGCGGAAGUAUAUGGCAAGCUGAAACGAGCAGAACAUUCUAUCACUGGCUACAGAGACCCUUUUACUGGAGAAAAAGUGUCCCUGUUCAGGGCCAUGAAGAAGGGCCUUGUCCCUAUGGAGCAGGCAACCCGCCUACUAGAGGCCCAGGUGUCCACAGGAGGGGUCAUUGAUCCCACAUCUCACAUCCACCUCCCCAUGCCUGUGGCAGUCCAGCGUGGCUGCAUUGAUCAAGAGAUGGAAGUGGCCUUGUCCAGCUCUCCCGAGACCUUUCCCACACCCGAUGGCCGGGGACACACCAGCUAUGCCCAGCUUCUAGGGCAGUGUCUCCAGGACAAAGCCUCUGGCCUUCACCUCCUGCCCCUGACAGAAGAUGCUCCUGCUCUCCCUACUGACACACAGGUCCAGGAGACCUUGAAAGCAUCAGCUGGCACCGAAGAUGGUUUGUCCCUCUGGGAUUUGCUCACCUCCUGCUACUUUACUGAGGAGCAGCGCAGGGGCUUCCUUGAGGACGUGAGGGUUGGGAAGACGUCUGUGCCACAGCUACAGGACACUGUGCGCAGCUGGGUGAACACAGCAAAGCUCCUGGCCCGCAUCACUGUGCCAGGCCCACGGGGUGAGGUCCCUGCCAUUUGGCUAAGAGAUGCUGGUAUUAUCACCCAAGAAACACUGGAAGCCCUGACGCAGGGCGUGCAGUCACCUACUGAGGUAGCCGAACAGCCUGCUCUGAAAGCCUGCCUCUGGGGUACAGGCUGUGUGGCUGGUGUGCUGCUGCAGCCUUCAGGGACCAAGAUGACCAUUGCCCAGGCUGUUAGAGAUGGCCUCCUACCCACAGGACUGGGUCAGCAGCUGCUGGAGGCCCAGGUGGCUUCUGGCUUCCUUGUCAAUCCACUAACUAACCAGAGACUGUCAGUGGAGGGUGCAGUGAAGGCCGGCCUGGUGGGCAGGGAGCUGAGCGAACAGCUUAAGCAAGUGGAAAGGGCUGUGACAGGAUAUUCAGACCCUUACUCGGGAGGCUCCCUUUCUCUAUGGCAGGCCAUGGAAAAGGGGCUUGUACCUCAGAGUGAGGCUUUUCCUCUCCUGCAAGUCCAGCUGGCCACAGGGGGCAUUGUGGAUCCUGCUCAUGGAGUGCACCUGCCCCAGGCAGUGGCCUGCAAGCUCGGUCUCCUGGACGAGCGGACAAACCAGCUGCUGACUGCCACUGAGAAGGAAAACAAGCUCUUUUUUGACCCCAACUCCCGUGAGAAAGUGACAUACCAGCAGCUCAGGGAAUGCUGUGUGCUGGAUGCUGCCACUGGCCUGUGGCUGCUGCCCCUGCCUCAGAACACCGUGCUCGAGGUGGACGACCACACUGCAGUGGCACUGAGGGCUAUGAAGGUGCCCAUCAGUAUGGGGAGGUUCCAAGGGCACAGCGUGUCACUCUGGGACCUGCUACACUCUGAGUAUGUAGGAGCUGAAAAGCGGAGGGAGCUGGUGGCACUUUGUUGCUCCGGGAGGGCUGCUGCUCUGCGGCAGGUCAUCAGUAUGGUCACCACCCUGGUGGAGGCUGCAGAGAAGCAGCCCCCACAGGCUACCUUCAGAGGGCUGCGGAAGCAAGUGUCAGCUAGGGACUUGUUUAGGUCCCAGCUGAUUAAUAAGCAGACACUGGACGAGCUAAAUGAGGGAAAGAGGACAGUCCAGGAAGUGACGGAGAUGGACAGCGUGAAGAGGUUCCUGGAAGGAGGCAACUUCAUCGCUGGGGUUCUUAUUCAGGGUACGAAAGAGAAGAUGAGUAUCCCGGAGGCCUUGAGGAGACACAUUCUGAGGCCAGGCACAGCCCUGGUGCUGCUGGAGGCUCAGGCAGCCACCGGGUUCAUCAUCGAUCCUGUGGAGAACCGGAAGCUAACGGUAGAGCAGGCAUUCCAGGCAGGAAUGUUUGGCAAAGAAACCUACAUGAAGCUGCUGUCUGCCGAGCGUGCUGUCACUGGCUAUACGGACCCCUACACCGGGGAACAGAUCUCUCUCUUUCAGGCCAUGCAGAGGGACCUCAUCGUCAGGGACCAUGGCAUCCGCCUGCUGGAAGCCCAGAUUGCCACGGGCGGCAUCAUUGACCCUGUACACAGCCAUCGUGUGCCCGUGGAUGUGGCCUACCAGCGUGGCUACUUCGAUGAGGAGAUGAACCGCAUCUUGGCUGACCCGAGCGAUGACACUAAGGGCUUCUUCGACCCCAACACGCACGAGAACCUUACGUACCUGCAGCUGCUGGAGCGCUGCAUCGAAGACCCCGAGACAGGCCUGUACAUGUUGGAAAUUGUAAAGCAGGGAGAGACCUGCACAUACAUUGAUGAGGCCACGAGGCAAGCGCUGAGAUCCAGAACUAGGAAAAUGUACGUAGGGAAGUUUGCAGGCCAGACUGUGUCUGUGUGGGACCUGCUGUCUUCCCAAUAUUUCACAGAAGGAAGAAAAAGAAAGCUUUUGCAGGACUACAAAGCCCAGAAUAUAGGCCUAGAGAAACUUCUGGAGGUUAUCACCGCUAUCGUGGAAGAAACAGAGAAGCGAAACCAAAAAUUCAAAGUGGCUGGCAUCCACGGUGAAGUGACGGCUGCAGACCUGUUCAACUCUGGGGUCCUCGAUAAGAAGAUGCUGGAUGCGCUCCACAGUGGGGAGAAGGACCUCUGCCAGCUGAACCACAUAAAAAGCUACCUGAGAGGCAGCCGUUGCAUUGCUGGGGUGACCAGACCCCUAACCCAGGAGGUACUGAGUCUCUAUGAGGCCAGCUUGGAAGAACUGAUCCCCGCAGGGUUUGCAGCUCAGUUGCUGGAGGCACAGGCUGCCACUGGGUACUUAUUGGACCCCCACACCCACCAGAGCCUGGGUGUGGAAGAGGCCAUAGCAGCUGGCCUGGUGGGCGAAGACCUGAGAGAAAGACUUGUGAGUGCAGAGAAGGCAGCAAAGGGAUACAAAGACCCCAACACGGGAGAGACUAUCCCACUGUUCCAAGCCAUGGAGAGGAAGUUAAUAAGAAAAGAGGAGGCACUGAGGCUGCUGGAGGUGCAGGUGGCCACAGGCGGGGUCAUCGACCCCCUGCACCACCAUAGACUACCUCUGGAGGUAGCUUGCAGGCGCGGUUGUCUGUGUGACGACGUGCUUGUGCUCAUCGCUGAUCAGAAACACAUGAGGAAAAGAUUUGUGGAUCCCAACACACAAGAAAAGGUCACAUACCAGGAGCUGCAGAACAGGUGCCAGAGGGAGGAGGAGUCAGGCUGGGCUCUGUUCCCGGUAGUCAAGGACAAAAAGGACAUGGAGUAUGUUGAUGAGGCCACCAAAAGAGCCCUGAAGGCAGAACAGGUAGAAGUGACUGUGGGGAGGUACAGAGGCCAGAGGAGAUCUGUGUGGGAGCUGCUGAACUCAGAGUAUGUGUCACAGGAGAAGAAGAUGGAACUAGUUAGGAUAUACAAAGGGGAAACAGACCGGGCACUGCAGAAAGUGGUCAAACUUAUUCUACAAAUGAUUGCAGACAAAGAGGGGGAAAGCAGGCAACUAUGGUUCCGGGGAUUGCGGACACAAGUCACAGCACAGGAACUGCACAGCUCAGCUGUCAUCACAAAACAGACUCUGGAGGACCUGGAGAAAGGCAAGACCACAGUGGAUCAGAUUGAAAAAAAUGAAGAUGUGAAGAGAUACCUCCAUGGGACCAGCUGUAUAGGGGGCGUCCUGGUGCCUGUCCAGGGAGAGCCGGGCCGUCAGGAGAAGAUGAGCAUCUACCAGGCCAUGUGGAAGGGCGUGCUGAGGCCUGGCACGGCCCUGGUGCUGCUGGAGGCUCAGGCAGCCACGGGCUUCAUCGUCGACCCGGUGCACAACCGCAGGCUGUCCGUGGAGGAGGCCGUGGCCGCAGGCGUGGUGGGCGGCGAGAUCCAGGAGAAGCUGCUGUCUGCCGAGCGUGCUGUCACUGGCUACACGGACCCCUACACUGGGGAGCAGAUCUCUCUCUUCCAGGCCAUGCAGAGGGACCUCAUCGUCAAGGACCAUGGCAUUCGCCUUCUGGAGGCCCAGAUUGCCACGGGUGGCGUCAUCGAUCCCAUGCACAGCCACCGUGUGCCCGUGGACGUGGCCUACCAACGUGGCUACUUUGACGAGGAGAUGAACAGCAUUCUGGCAGACCCCAGCGACGACACCAAGGGCUUCUUUGACCCCAACACGCACGAGAACCUCACUUACCUUCAGCUGCUGCGUCGCUGUGUGAGGGACCCAGAGACUGGGUGCUACAUGCUGCAGCUGGCAGAAAAGGGCUCCACAGUGUACCGCCUGAGUGACGAAUUGAGGCGUGCCCUCCGGGAAACCCGUGUGACCCCAGGCACAGGAGACUUCCAGGGCCAGAGCAUCUCCGUGUGGGAGCUUCUCUUCUACCGCGAGGUGCCUGAGAGCGUGCGCCAGGAUCUGCUGCGUAGGUACCAGGCUGGUGGUCUGACCGUUCAGGAAGUGAGCACCACCCUCAUCUCGCUGCUGUCCCGGGACAAGCCUGGGAGCCCAGGUGUAGAUCCCCAAGCAGCCCUGGGUAAGGCCACCAUGGAGGUGAAACUGGGUCACCUCCGGGGCCACAAGGUCCCUGUGUGGGACAUCCUGACAUCUAACUAUGUGAGCAGGGACACGCGGCAGGAGCUGCUGGCGCAGUUCAGCUCUGGGGCACUGACUCUGCCCAUGCUGACCCGCAGACUGACCACAAUCAUCGAGGAGGCCGAGGAGAGGCCGGAGUCCGCGGCAAAGCUCAGCGUCUCCUCGCUUACCCAACAGGAGUCUGGGGCCAGGAGCUCAGGGACCUCCCCAGACAAGGUCGAGGACAACAGUGACGCUGCCAGGCAGCGUCAAGAGCAGGCUCUGCGUGCUGCCACCAUGCAGGUACACCGCGGGCAGUUCCGGGACCAGCCAGUUUCGGUGUGGAAAGUCCUAUUCUCCUCCUACCUGAGCGAGGGCCGCCGAGAUGAGCUCCUUGCCCAGCACUUGGCCGGCACCCUGAGUCUAAGAGAGCUAAUCUCCAUCCUCACCCAAGUCAUCGAGGAGACGGAAGAACGUCUCAGCAAGGUGUCUUUCCGGGGCCUGAGGCGCCAGGUGACUGCAUCUGAGUUGCAGACCUCUGGCAUCAUAGACCCCGGGACCCUGCGGGAACUGGCCCAAGGGCCCAAGACCCUGCAGCAGGUGACCGAGAUGGACUCUGUCAGGCGCUACCUGGAGGGCACCAGCUGCAUAGCGGGCGUCCUGGUGCCUGUCCAGGGAGAGCCGGGCCGUCAGGAGAAGAUGAGCAUCUACCAGGCCAUGUGGAAGGGCGUGCUGAGGCCUGGCACGGCCCUGGUGCUGCUGGAGGCUCAGGCAGCCACGGGCUUCAUCGUCGACCCGGUGCACAACCGCAGGCUGUCCGUGGAGGAGGCCGUGGCCGCAGGCGUGGUGGGCGGCGAGAUCCAGGAGAAGCUGCUGUCUGCCGAGCGUGCUGUCACUGGCUACACGGACCCCUACACUGGGGAGCAGAUCUCUCUCUUCCAGGCCAUGCAGAGGGACCUCAUCGUCAAGGACCAUGGCAUUCGCCUUCUGGAGGCCCAGAUUGCCACGGGUGGCGUCAUCGAUCCCGUGCACAGCCACCGUGUGCCCGUGGACGUGGCCUACCAACGUGGCUACUUUGACGAGGAGAUGAACAGCAUUCUGGCAGACCCCAGCGACGACACCAAGGGCUUCUUUGACCCCAACACGCACGAGAACCUCACUUAUCUACAGCUGUUGCAGAGAGCUACUGUUGAUCCAGAGACUGACUCUCGGACGCUCUAUGUCAGGCCGAAUUCAGGACAUAUGUAA